AUGAGUGGAUCACUGAAGUACUUUAAAGUAAAGGGAUGCGAUAUUGCUGCCAAGGUGAUCAAGUUACUGAACAGUGCAUCCUACAAAUACCACCUCACAUUUAUUGUGAAGCCCAAGGAAAAUGUUGCAGAGAUAACAGAGGCCUUGCAGAAUGAGGGAAUUGAUUCCAACCAUUUUACCGUGGAAGUCUCAAAUGGUGCAGAAGAUUGGAGCAACUUACUUUGUAAGGUAGAUCUUCUCAUCAAGCCAUCGAGAGCAGAAGGCUUUGGAGUAAGUGGUGUUCGUGCCAUUUCUACAGAUCUGCCACUCCUAGCCAGUAACUCCUGUGGACUGGGCAUGGCCCUCCAGAAGCUGCCAUCUGGAAGCAAGCAUGUGGUGGAAUCUGAAGACCCACAGGUUUGGGCCGACAAAAUACGAGAAGUCAAAGAAAAGGGGUCAAAAAUAAACCAGUUGGAAGCUGAGGAGCUGAGAAGUGAAUAUGAGAAGCAGUUCAACUGGAAGGAACAGUGUGAUAAGCUGGUCACACAAAUGUUAUCAAUGAUUUCAGAAAAGUGA